AUGAGCUCCCCAAAACCAGUCCUCAUUGCUGGCGCUGGCCUUGCCUCGCUUCUCCUUGCCCGCUCGCUGCACCGUUUCAAGAUUCCAUUUCUCGUCUUUGAGCGCGACGCGUCUAUUGUUUUUCGAGCACAGGGUUAUCGCCUGCGCCUAUCCAGCCAAGGACUCGAUGCAAUAGAAAAUGUCCUUGGCCCCGAGGGAUUUCAGAAAUUCUACGACAAGUGCGGCAAGACUGGCGGCGCGGGAUUUGCCGUCAUCGACCCAUUGACGGGCGAGACAGGGACAGGAGGACAGCCACCUGUCAGCAGCAACGGGCCGUUGACUAGCAGAGAUGGCAAGAUUGUGGGCAUCUCGCGAGGCGAUAUGCGUACGCUCUUUCUAGAGGGCCUCGAACACAAUGUACGAUGGAGCCAUCGGAUUGUAGGCUAUGAGAAGACGGACGGCGGGGUGCGCCUUGUUUUUGCAGACGGAAGCAAGAGUGAAGAGGGCUCCAUGUUGGUGGGUGGUGAGGGCGUCAAGAGUGCAGUCGCAGGCCAACUAUCGAAUGGCACCAUCAAGGUCUACGACUUGGGCUCGCGAGGAAUACACGGUCAGGCACCCACGGCCGCUUUCAAAGGCCUGGGCGAGGGCGUCUUUGUCGUCAAUGACAGUGAUUCACAACCGAAUGGUGGCAAGGUCUUCCUAAUCACCAACGUCCGUGCUGGCGAUUUGGACAAUCCAGACAUCGAGUUUGGCUGGACCAUGGGCGGCUCACCAGGCGUCAUUGAUGCACCCAACGACAACUACACCAUCACUGGCCCACCAGCGGCAACAAUCGCAAAGUCGCUUACCUCGUACUGGCACGCGCGCCUGAAGCCGCUCAUUGACAAUAUGAACGAGGCCGAGGCUGCCUUUUGGAAAAUCACUUGUUCUUCGCCAGACGGCGUGCCUGCAUGGCCUAACGAGCCUCGAGUGACUGUCAUUGGCGACGCUGUGCAUGCGAUGACGCCAGCAGGUGGUAACGGCGCGAAUACGGCGAUGCGCGACUCGGCUUUGCUGGGUCGAUUGAUGGCAGAGGCGUGGGAGCGUGGCGACGGCGAUAAUUGGGAGGGCGUGACAGUAGCCUACGAAAAGGAGAUGCGUGUCUAUGCAACUGAGGCAGUCCAGGCCAGCUAUAGCUCGGCCGUAGCACAGUUUGGAGCGAAUACUGACCUGGAAAAUGCGCCUACCAUUAAUGAGUACGUGGCCCCCAACUGA